CACAGUCAUGGCGCUGGUAUCCCUCCCCGCCUUAAUAAUUGUGACAACCGGUCUUGUGUUGGACCUCUUCCUCUUUGGAGUUCCUCCGUGUUCACAAGGGACACGUUUGAAUCUUCUAUCUUGAACUUGUAACACACAGGAGACCCAUGAAAAGACACGCACGUCCUCUUAAAAUCGACACUUUUGAACACUUUUUCGUCGGAGGGUAAAAAAGAGAGCCGAUGUUCGAGGAAAGGUUGGCCGAGGAUCAUCACAGCAGAAAGAGGAUUCCAGAUUGGGACAAAUGUCCGGAGAGUUGCCUCUAACAACCAAAGGUUGAAUGUCCAUCUGUAAAUUCACUGAUGGCUCAGGAAUUCCUUCUGUCAGCCAUGUCAGAGCAAUAAGAGGGAGCCUGGCAUCAAUGGAUUUUAACUUCCAUGAAAAUGGGGAACAAUGGAGUCUGCUUUUGGACGUCAGUGAGUUAAAGACUCAAAAACGUAUGGGAUAGAUUCGAUAGACUGCAAUCCCGCCAUGCAUUGCCCAUUGAGGAAGAAGCCAAUGAGAGGCUCGGACUUCUCGGCUAUCGCCGUGCCCUCCAUGAACGGCUCAGGUUACCUGGAUUACACAGUGGAGAGUCACGCUUCCAAGUCACUAAAGAUCAUGGAUGAGUUCAGGAGGCAGGAGAUGCUGUGCGACCUGGUUCUCCAUGUCAAUUACAAGGACAAGACCAUUGACUUUAAGGUGAGCAAGGUUCACAAACUGGUGCUGGCCUCAUGUAGCCCCUACUUCCGAGCCAUGUUCACCAGCAAUUUCAAGGAGUGCCAGGCCUCAGAAGUCACCCUGCGCGAUGUCUGUCCUCAAGUGUUGGGGAGGCUCAUAGACUUUGCUUACACAUCGCAUAUCAUCGUCGGCGAGAAGUGUGUGCUGCAUGUACUCUUGGCUGCUAUGAGGUUCCAGAUAGAGGACGUGGCCAAAGCUUGCUGCGACUUCCUCACCAAGCACCUGGAGUCGUCCAACGUCAUCGGCAUCACGCGCUUCGCCGAGGAGCUCGGAUGCGCUGACCUGUACCAGCAUGGCCGCGAGUACAUCAACACUCACUUCAGUGAGGUAACUAAAGAAGAUGAAUUCUUUAGUCUUUCUCACUGUCAGCUGCUGGAGCUUAUCAGUCAGGACAGCAUCAAGGUCCUCUGUGAGUCUGAGGUGUACAAAGCUUGCACAGACUGGGUGGGCUGGGACAUGGAAAAUCGAGCCCAGUACCUUCAUGCCCUCCUGAAUGCGGUUCACAUCUACGCCCUCCCACCAAAGUUCCUGAAAAAUCAGCUGCUGUCCUGCCCGAUCCUCAGCAAGGCCAAUGCUUGUAAGGACUUCCUGUCGAAAAUCUUCCAGGAAAUGACACUGAGGAAGGUUCCUCCAGCACCCAUACGUGGGACACAACUCAUUUAUGUGGCCGGAGGAUACAAGAGUCAUUCCCUGGCAACCAUGGAGGCUUAUGACCCCAUCCGGAAAGUUUGGCUCAAACUGGCUGACAUGGAGGCUCCCAGCAGCGGCCUUGGGGCUUGCACACUCUUCGGAUUGCUGUACACGGUAGGUGGCAGGAACCUCUCGCUGGAGAGUAUUACCGAAUCCAGCGCGUUAUGCUGCUAUAAUCCCAUGACCAACCAGUGGAGCCAGCGCGCUCCCCUCAAUGUGCCCCGUAACCGAGUCGGAGUGGGCGUGGUGGAUGGCUGCAUCUAUGCUGUGGGGGGAUCACAUGGCUCUACGCUACACAACACGGUGGAGCGGUGGGACCCAGAGACAAAUCACUGGUCCUUCGUCUGCCCCAUGCAGGUGGCCCGUCUGGGUGCUGGCGUGGCGGCGUGUGGGGGGGCACUAUACGUCGUGGGAGGUUUGGACGGGCAGAGCCGAAGCAACGCAGCCGAGAAAUACCAACCGGACACCAACACUUGGCACCAGCUGGCGCCUAUGAGUACUGCGCGGAGCGGACUUGGACUGGUGUGUGUCAACGGUCACCUGUACGCCAUCGGAGGCUAUGACGGACUCAACCAGCUGGCCACGGUAGAGCGUUAUAACGUAGCCCGAAACACAUGGGAGGCACGGGCGCCCAUGAAGUGCUGCCGGAGUACACACGGUGUGGCCGUGCACCAGGGUUGCAUCUUUGUGUUCGGAGGCUUCAAUCUGCACGACUUUGUUACCAGCGUGGAAUGCUACUGCCCGGAGAAGAACGAGUGGACGUACGUGAGCGACAUGCCGCUGGGGCGGAGCGGCAUGGGUGUGGCCGUCACCAUGGAGCCGUGUCCCGCCAGCUUGGCCCCGGACCAAGACGAAGAGGACGACUGACACACGGACACUUUUGUCGCAACUACCAAGGUGCUAAAACAACUACUGUGGUGCCUUGAGAUGCAUUAUAUCACUGGCUUCCAUUUUGCUUGACUCUAACGCCAAAUAAAGUAAGUAGUUGGCUGCCAUUGACUGCAAUAGACGUCCAAUCAAUUUGAACUGGGAGGGUGUCCCAGUUCAAAUGGAUUGGACGUUUACUAGCAACAAACUAAUUUUUAUUCACAGCAGGAUGAAAAGAGCCACAUGAUUGGAUGUCAACAUCAGCAAUGGCACUGAAAGAGUUAAGAGUGCUUUGAUUUGCAAGAUUUUUAUCUCAAGGCAUCACUGUAAUGCUUAAGUAUACUAUUGACUUGCAUGUCAUCAUCCCUUUUCUUUAAACGAGUCUGUGCCAAUAUACUUUUUACUUUACAUUUCACUGGACUUCUACAUUGUUUUGAUGUAACAAUAAACGAUACAAAGUAUUUUCACUUUUUGCACACUUUGGCUUUUUUCCAUAAAUCUGCCCUCCUUGGCACAAAUCACCACUAGGUGGUGCAAAAGGCCCAGAAAACAGUCUGCCCUUUAUCAGUGGCUGUUUAGAGAUGGAAAAUCUCAAUAACUCAAACUUCCUGGACAAAUAUUUUGAUAAGUGAUUACUCGUUUAAAGACAUUGAUGGCCUAAAAAAGUCUUUUUUGUGUGUGCAUUUUUUAACCUCCUACAUUUUAGAUAGAUUGACGGAUAUUAACCUGUGAAUAAUCUAUAAUAAAUAAAGACAAAAAGGAGGAAACAUUAAAUAGUUGGAUUUAUUGUUUUUUAUUUGUAUUAUAAUUGUUAUUUUUUAAAAUAUCGAUUCAAAAAGAAAUGUCCUCAAUUAAAGAAAAUGAGUAUCUCAGGGAAAUUACAUACUGUAUUUGCAAACAACUACUUUUGUUUUGAAAAACAACAAUAGUUGCAUUACAUCGUGUUCAUAUUCCCAUUUUUAUCUCAUUGUUUUUGAUUGCAUUGCUAUUAAAAUUUUAAACCCAUCUGCCAGUAGGUAAAUCCUACAGAAGGUUACAGUGCUGGCCAAAAGUAUUGGCACCCCUGCAGUUCUGUCAACUAAUGCCCAAUUUCUCCCAGAAAAUGAUUGCAAUUACAAAUGCUAUGGUAGUGAUAUCUUCAUUUAUUUUGCUUCCAAUGAAAGAACAAAAGAGAGAAUGGAGGAAAAAAAUCAAAUCAUUAUCAUUUUACGCAAAACUCCAAAAAUGGGCCGGAGAAAAGUAUUGGCACUAGGGUUGUUCCGAUCAUGUUUUUUUGCCUCCCGAUCCGAUCCCGAUCGUUUCAGUUUGAGUACAUGCCGAUCCCGAUAUUUCCCAAUCCGAUUGCUUUUUUUUUUUUUUUUUGCUCCCGAUUCAAUUCCAAUCAUUCCCGAUAAUUUUUCCCGAUCAUAUACAUUUUGGCAAUGCAUUAAGAAAAAAAAUGAAUAAAACUUGGACGAAUAUAUCCAUUCAACAUACAGUACAUAAGUACUGUAUUUGUUUAUUUGUUUAUUAUGACAAUAAAUCCACAAGAUGGCAUUUACAUUAUUAACAUUCUUUCUGUGAGAGGGAUCCACGGAUAGAAAGACUUGUAAUUCUUAAAGGAUAAAUGUGACUUUGUAUAUUGUGACUAAAUAUUGUCAUCUAAUGUAUUUGUUGAGCUUUCAGUAAAUGAUACUGUAGCCAUUUAACUGUUCUGCCCAAAUGCAUGAUGGGAAGUGCAACCAUGUCUGUGCGUAGUGGUACCAAUUAAUAUAUCUUCUCUGCAUUGGGAAAUAACAUAGGGUGUUAAGAAAAAGAUCAAUUACUACCUUUCUUCCCCACAUUGCUUCCCACGAUAUUUCUAAUCAUAGGGAGAGGGAUUGUAAGGCUUUAGCUAAUUAAAAAAAGGCUCCAAAGGCUGCCAAAAUUCACUCCACUCAUUUUACGCUGCCUUUUAGCUCUAUAUAUAGGUAAAACGGCGCCAUUACAAAUUGAACGCGACAAUGCGUGAGUGGGUCGUGCAGCGCAUGCGUUAGUUGCGUUAAAUAUUUUAACGUGAUAAAUUUUUUAAAAAAAUUUAUUACCGCCGUUAACAGGAUAAAUUUGAUAACCCUACCUUAAGCCUAAACUAAAGACUCUGGAUGAGUGUAAUAUAUUAUGUCUGUAACGUUAAAUACAAUUAGAAAACGAUUUAAUAAUUUUUUUUUAUAUAUAUUAAAAAAAGGCAUGGCCGAUAUUUUUUUGCCGAUUCCGAUACUUUGAAAAUGACGUGAUCGUCCCGAUCGAUCGGGACAUCUCUAAUUGGCACCCUUUGAAAAAUCAUAUGAUGCUUCUUUAAUUUGUGUACUUAACAGCACCGGUUACUUACCUGUGGCACAUAAAGGUGGUGGCAAUAACUAAAUCACACUUGCAGCCAGUUAAAAUUGAUUAAAGUUGACUCAACCUUUGUCCUGUGUCCUUGUGUAUAC